AUAUUUCACUCCUUAAACCUCGAUUUCUGUCGCGGCAGAAAUUGCUAUAAAAGUUAAAUUGUUUGCUUUUAUGUUUUCUUCAUUUAAAUGACAUAAAAACGAAGUAGCAGAGAUGACUUCUGCUUUAUAUUUGGAACAUUAUUUAGAUGGCUUAGAAUCUCUCCCAACGGAACUUAAACGAAAUUUUACUUUAUUGAGAGAACUGGAUCAACGAGCACAAACAUUGAUGAUUCAAAUUGAUGAGACGGCUUGUGAUAUGAUGAAAAACACUAUUAAUUCAAAAGAAAACCUUAGUGAAGAAGAAAAGAAGUCAAAACUAAAACAAAUUCAAGAGUUGUUUACAAAAGCAAAAGAGUAUGGAGAUGAUAAAGUUCAACUUGCUAUACAAACAUAUGAGCUUGUUGAUAAACAUAUUCGAAGAUUAGACUCCGAUCUUGCACGAUUCGAAGGUGAAAUACAAGAAAAAACCAUUAGCGUUGCUACUCAUGGAAAAUCUGAAGAAACAGCUGUGAAAAAAGGUAGAAAGAAAACGAAAGAUCCAAAGGUGUCAGGAAAAAAGAAGCGUUCAUUAUCAGAUGAAGAUGAAAACCCAGACGAGAAAGUUGUUAGCACAACGACACAAAAUAAAAGUUCCAAGAAGCAGAAAUUAAAUGUGUCUGAAGGAGGACGGAAAGUUCAGAAAAAAAUUGUUGAAGCUGAGGAGCCACCUGUUGAAGGUCAUUUUACACCAUCCAGAGAUGUAUUGGAUAUGCCAGUGGAUCCUAAUGAACCAACUUACUGCUUAUGCCAUCAAGUCUCAUAUGGCGAGAUGAUUGGAUGUGACAAUAACGAUUGUCCAAUAGUGGUUCCAUUUCAGCUGUGUUGGUCUAUCUUCGAAACCCAAAGGUCGUUGGUAUUGUCCAAGGUGUCGGAAGAAGAAAUAAAAUUUAUAGUAAAGUGUAUUGAAGUUUUCUUCAAGAGAAUUAAAGGUUUAUGAAAUAAAACUAAUUUCAAGAUA